CAGUGUGCGCGUCUCCCCUGGUUUUCACCGAUCACGCUAAUGAGCUGCACAGAAGUGGCAGCUGAACAAGUUGAGAGGCUGUAUUAAAGAACGAAUAUAGCGGGGAUGGGGAGCGGGCGUCUAUGGUCCCAGCUACUCGGGAGGCUGAGGUGAGAGGAUCGCUUGAGCCCUCAAUGCGGAGGCUACAGUGAGUCGAGAUAGCGCCAUUGCACUCUAGCCUGGGAAGCAGAGAGAGACUAUCAAAAACAACAAAACGAAUAAAGGGAUUCUACCAAGAGUGAGCUGGACUGAAAUAAACGACACGCUACUACGACCCAGCGCGUGACUAUAUCCACCGCACAAUGUGCGAUAAUAGCCUCAGUGCAGAGAGAAUUCCUCCUUUCCUUAUUCAGUGCAAGAGAGCCCUAUAGAGAACGCAGGAAAUGCCCGCGAGAAACUCAGAAGUAUCAAAACAAUCACAGAUAUGUUAGGAAAGUAGCUCCCCGCCACUUCCCUAAACUUAUCUGCAGAUUUACUUUCCAAGGUUACAAACACAAGAAGAGCACUGUAUUUUCAUGAAGCGGAAAAUGUGCUUUACAAUCGCCAGCUACUAAGAGCCUUAACGGUGAAGCGCUCUGCGAGAAACAGGAAAUCGUCAACACACUUUCUGCAUGAAUUGCCUGGAGAGUUGUGUCCAUAGACAAUUCCUGGUUAGAUGCUUAAUUGUAGCAGACUCCAUAACGGGGUUUAGCGGGUUUCCAUUCGGCUGAAAGGGCUCCACGUUCUUUUUCACAGGAAGAUUUAAACUUAUUUUUCCUCCUCAGGCGGACGAAGUGAGCGUCCUUCCGUCAAGAGCUAAGUUCCUACGAACGUCACAUACUGGUGCCAGCCAACAACCGGACGAAGUGCGGAACCGGAGUACCCUUCCACCUAGCGGCCUCUCGCGGCGCAGGCGGGGACGGGGAGAUCGCGAAAACCUCCCGCCCAAUUGGGACCCCGCGCCAGGAGGCGGGGCCGAAAGAGGACGAAGUCUUGCCGAAGUACUCCCGCCCCAGUCGGGUACCCCUCCUCGCGAGAGCGCCGAGCAUUCCGGCCUGGGAAGCGCGUGCAGAAGCGGAGGUGUUGCUCAUGGGACUUGUCGGCCGCCGUAGCCCCUGCUAGGACAGCCCGUGCGAGCCUGCUGGAGGAGGAAGAGAAAGGCAGAGAGAGUCGGGUUACAAGAUGGCGGAUCUGUGGUAGUUACCGCGGCGGCGGCGGCGGCGGUGGGAGAGCGAGCGAGCCCUGGGGGGCAAAGGGACGGGAGAGUGGGUGUAUGCGGGGGUGAAGUGAGAGGUAACGGGGCCUCCGGACGGAGGGGCCUCCGGACGGAGAGGCCUCAGUGGCUCUUGUCACCCCUUCUCGCGGCUGAAGCUUUGGAGCCAUGGUGAAUUCGGGCCUCUCCGAAGCCGCCGCCGCCGCCGCCACCGCCACUACUGCCUUUACCGUCUCCUAAGAGUGAGGAGCGCGGACGAGGUAAGCGAGGAGGCGGCGGCUGGAGCGGUGGAGACAGCAGCCACCAUGUCGGAUACGCGGCGGCGAGUGAAGGUCUAUACCCUGAACGAAGACCGGCAAUGGGACGACCGAGGCACCGGGCACGUCUCCUCCACUUACGUGGAGGAGCUCAAGGGGAUGUCGCUGCUGGUUCGGGCAGAGUCCGACGGAUCACUACUCUUGGAAUCAAAGAUAAAUCCAAAUACUGCAUAUCAGAAACAACAGGAUACAUUAAUUGUUUGGUCAGAAGCAGAGAACUAUGAUUUGGCUCUGAGUUUUCAGGAGAAAGCUGGCUGUGAUGAGAUCUGGGAAAAAAUUUGUCAGGUUCAAGGUAAAGACCCAUCAGUGGAAGUCACACAGGACCUCAUUGAUGAAUCUGAAGAAGAACGAUUUGAAGAAAUGCCUGAAACUAGUCAUCUGAUUGACCUGCCCACAUGUGAACUCAAUAAACUUGAAGAGAUUGCUGACUUGGUUACCUCAGUGCUCUCCUCACCUAUCCGUAGGGAAAAGCUGGCUCUCGCCUUGGAAAAUGAAGGCUAUAUUAAAAAACUAUUGCAGCUGUUCCAAGCUUGUGAGACCCUAGAAAACACUGAAGGCUUACACCAUUUGUAUGAAAUUAUUAGAGGAAUCUUAUUCCUAAAUAAGGCAACUCUUUUUGAGGUAAUGUUUUCUGAUGAGUGUAUCAUGGAUGUCGUGGGAUGCCUUGAAUAUGACCCUGCCUUGGCUCAGCCAAAAAGACAUAGAGAAUUCUUGACCAAAACUGCAAAGUUCAAGGAAGUUAUACCAAUAACAGACUCUGAACUAAGGCAAAAAAUACAUCAGACUUACAGGGUACAGUACAUUCAGGACAUCAUUUUGCCCACACCAUCUGUUUUUGAAGAGAAUUUUCUUUCUACCCUUACGUCUUUUAUUUUCUUCAACAAAGUUGAGAUAGUCAGCAUGUUGCAGGAAGAUGAGAAGUUUUUGUCUGAAGUUUUUGCACAAUUAACAGAUGAGGCUACAGAUGAUGAUAAACGGCGUGAAUUGGUUAAUUUUUUCAAGGAGUUUUGUGCAUUUUCUCAGACAUUACAACCUCAAAACAGGGAUGCGUUUUUCAAAACAUUGGCAAAAUUGGGAAUUCUUCCUGCUCUUGAAAUUGUAAUGGGCAUGGAUGAUUUGCAAGUCAGAUCAGCUGCUACAGAUAUAUUUUCUUAUCUAGUAGAAUUUAGUCCAUCUAUGGUCCGAGAGUUUGUAAUGCAAGAAGCUCAGCAGAGUGAUGACGAUAUUCUUCUUAUUAAUGUGGUAAUUGAACAAAUGAUCUGUGAUACUGAUCCUGAGCUAGGAGGCGCUGUUCAGUUAAUGGGACUUCUUCGUACUCUAAUAGAUCCAGAGAACAUGCUGGCUACAACUAAUAAAACCGAAAAAAGUGAAUUUCUAAAUUUUUUCUACAACCAUUGUAUGCAUGUUCUCACAGCACCACUUUUGACCAAUACUUCAGAAGACAAAUGUGAAAAGGAUUUUUUUUUAAAACAUUACAGAUAUAGUUGGAGUUUCGUAUGUACCCCUUCACAUUCCCAUUCCCAUUCUACCCCCUCUUCCUCCAUCUCUCAAGAUAAUAUAGUUGGAUCAAACAAAAGCAACACAAUUUGUCCCGAUAAUUAUCAAACAGCACAGCUACUUGCCUUAAUUUUAGAGUUACUCACAUUUUGUGUGGAACAUCACACAUAUCACAUAAAAAACUAUAUUAUGAACAAGGACUUGCUAAGAAGAGUCUUGGUCUUGAUGAAUUCAAAGCACACUUUUCUGGCCUUGUGUGCCCUUCGCUUUAUGAGGCGGAUAAUUGGACUUAAAGAUGAAUUUUAUAAUCGUUACAUCACCAAGGGAAAUCUUUUUGAGCCAGUUAUAAAUGCACUUCUGGAUAAUGGAACUCGGUACAAUCUGUUGAAUUCAGCUGUUAUUGAGUUGUUUGAAUUUAUAAGAGUGGAAGAUAUCAAGUCUCUUACUGCCCAUAUAGUUGAAAACUUUUAUAAAGCACUUGAAUCGAUUGAAUAUGUUCAGACAUUCAAAGGAUUGAAGACUAAAUAUGAGCAAGAAAAAGACAGACAAAAUCAGAAACUGAACAGUGUACCAUCUAUAUUGCGUAGUAACAGAUUUCGCAGAGAUGCAAAAGCCUUGGAAGAGGAUGAAGAAAUGUGGUUUAAUGAAGAUGAAGAAGAGGAAGGAAAAGCAGUUGUGGCACCAGUGGAAAAAUCUAAGCCAGAAGAUGAUUUUCCAGAUAAUUAUGAAAAGUUUAUGGAGACUAAAAAAGCAAAAGAAAGUGAAGACAAGGAAAACCUUCCCAAAAGGACAUCUCCUGGUGGCUUCAAAUUUACUUUCUCCCACUCUGCUAGUGCUGCUAAUGGAACAAACAGUAAAUCUGUAGUGGCUCAGACACCACCAGCAACUUCUAAUGGAUCCUCUUCCAAAACCACAAACUUGCCUACGUCAGUAACAGCCACCAAGGAAUCAUUUCAUGUGUUUAUCUCCAGCCAUUUAAGCUGUACUUCAAAAGCACAAUGAAAACGAUGAUGUGUACUUAGUGAUGAAAUAUACACAAGAUGAACAAAGACUACAAGGGGCUUUCUUGUGGUAAUGAAAUUAGAGAAAUGAACCAGUUCAUCUCCAAUGUCCUUUCCAGCUUCCAAAUGUUAUUAAUUGUUAUCCCUACUGUUUGGAAAAGUAGACAUUUUCCCACAGUAAAAUUUUGCAGAAUUGAGUUUUGAAGUAUCAUUAAUAAUCCAAGAACCAGAUAGAAAAGUUAAGGGUUACUGCAAGUGCUACCAAUUACUACUCAAACGUUCAUAAUUUCAAGCAGUUCCUUUAUCAAAUUCAAAUGUUAAUUUCUGAUAUGAUUUAGAAAAACGAUUUCUGAUAUUUUUACAAGUGAUUGUAUUUGUACUAAAAGCUCUUUUUUGUUAUAUAUGUUUAAAGAAAAAAUUUUUAAAUUCUUCAAUAGGGAAGUUUGGUUGGCUUAGUGGAUUAUCCAGAUGAUGAAGAGGAAGAUGAAGAAGAAGAAACGUCCCCCAGGAAAAGACCUCGUCUUGGCUCAUAAAAUAUUUAUUAGGGGACCCUCAACAUGUGGUCUUACAAUGCUGCAACUGUUCAAUGAGCUGAAAAUCUGAAUCAGAAAGCUUUCUCAAUUGAACUUACAAAAUAUACAAGGAGUAGCAAAAGACAGUAUAUCAGCUAAGAGAGUUUAGUUCUAAUAAAAAUCAGGCUUCCCAGGAACUUGAUUGCUUGCUCGUAAUUAAGGGGUUUGCCUUUUAGGCUGUCAAAACAAACAGUAGUAACCAGAACCUGGGAGACAGCUUCUCAGCAAGGAAAAGUCACAGGUUUGGGGACGGUUUAGGGGAGGGGAAAAGGUUGAUAUAAUAAUGCAGGGUUGCUCCUCGGGGUGUCGAUCUAGAAACAAUUUUACAGAACUUCAGUUGUAAACUCAAUAACAUUACUUGUAUAAUGGUGCUGGCCAUGUUGUUGUUUUAAUCAGUUGCCUCUUUUUAAAAGAAAUUUUUAUGGAAAACACAUUCAACUAUCAUUAAAAAAAUGAAGUUAAGCUGUUGGGACCAUUUCUUUAAGAUUUAACAAAAGUUCAGCCUUUUAGGUAGUUGAAGGGAAGUACACCCCGUAUUCAGCACAUGUUGAGUUUUCUACACCAGGAAUUUUCAAUAUGUAUGUUGAUGAAAACAAGCUCAAUUCAAACUGGACAGUUUUAAGAUAAUGUUAAAAUCAGCACUUUUUUAGAGACAACGAAGGCCAAGAAUCAGUACAGUAGUAUUCCAAAAUGAUUUUCUCUAGAAAUUUGAAAGUAGAUCGAACAGAAUGUUGUCAACCGCCUACCAGUACAAUCUUUUGUGGAAGAUACUUUGAAAUCACUUUCUACUUUGUUAGUAAAGUUCUCUGUCUUUCCAGAGCUGCAAGUUUUAAAGUGUUACUUAUACAGACCAACAGAGAAUAGUGCUGAAUUAAGUGGCAUUUAGUAUCUAGAAGCCAUUUUGAUCCAAGAAGCUACUUAAGUGUCAAAGUCAGCAUGCAGCGCAUGUAGCUUUUCUGUAAACAAGGGUGUGAUAUGAAAGCUGCUUUUUUAAGAAGAGUAAAAGCACAUUCCAUAUACAUAAGUGAAUUUUAAAAAUUGAGGCGAACAGUUAAGAAGUUUUAUUUUUAGAGCAACAAGUUAACUGUAAAUAUUUUAAUGUUAGUUUGCUCAUCUAUGAUCUGAGAUCAUGCCAAAGUGAGAAAAAUCGCCCCAAAAUACAAUUUAAUGCAUUGGGAAAAAAAGAUUUUAACAGUAAUUCCAGCCACAAUCUUUAGAUCACCCUUGUAAUGUGUUACGGGUCCAUUUUUCCUGGAAUAGUUUAAUCUAAAGCAGUUUCCCCUGUUUUGGAGAUUUUGUAGUUAAUUUUAAUUUUGGCUAUUGUUUGGAAAAGAUGAGCUGUCUGUGUAGAUAUGAAGUAUAGUUUUUUCCAUAAAACAGAUGUUUAUUUUGUAUUAAAAAUACCACUGUACUUGUUUUACACCAUUUGUAUACAUGUGGUGAUAUUAAUGCUAAAACUGUAAAAUUCAGGAAUUAAAAUGUGACCCUGUAAUUCCAUAA